GUAUCUGUGAGGGCCGGUCGUUUAUCAGUAUAGAUUAGUGUGCAAGUUUCGGUAUUGGAUGUUGUUCCUCUGACAACAAAGACGAUAACAACGAUCAGCCACAAAUUGAUCGCCACUUUAACGCUCCAAUCGUGUUUCAAUGUAGCACUUAGCUUUCUGCGUUCUUGCCUUUGUGUUUUAUUUUUAGUGCGUUUUAAAUAAAUUCGUGUACAUGUCCUAAAUAAAUAAUGGGUAAAUCACCAAAUACCUCACUAUCGUUCAGGUACAAUGCCAACAACGAGGAGUUAGAGGAGUUGUACCAUGUGUGUGAGGAUGACCCUCCUACUCCGCAGUGUGACCCUCCUGUUAGCACACCUGUUGAGAAUGCGAGUCCUAAAAGAGGGGAGAGGUCCUCAUCUAUUAUAGAUAAAUAUUUUAAAUCAAUUCGGGCUGAGAAGAUAGAAAAGCCUGAAGAUGUUAAGCCGGUGGAAAAUAAACCAGAAGAAGUCAAGGGUAAGGAGGCUCCUAUACCUAAGGAAGUCACAUCAUCUCCUAUGAAGGAGUACUUGAACCGGCUUGGCAAGCGGAGUACUCCGGACGUGACUCCUGAUGUUAAGGAAGGAAGUAACGAAACAUGGAAGAUAUUCCAUGACUUCAAGUUUAAAAUAGCUCAAGCUGUUGAAGAUAUGAAGACUCGCUCCGUAGAAGAGACAAAAGAAAAAUCAAUUCCAAGAGAAAAUUCGACAUCGGAUUCAGAGGAGAAUUCGGCAAUCAAAGAUUUAGAUCAGCAAAGUGUUGGAGAUACAGACAACCAGGUAUCUUCUCUAGACAGCAGUAUACAGAAUUUGUCGGAGAUGACGCAGCCUCUGACGGCUAAGGCGACUGAACGAGAUCCAAGUCUUCCUGUUGAUAGCAAGAAUCACUCGGACUCCAGUGAUGAUACACACAAGAAUUUAGCUAUGUACAACGACUCCGCAGAAUUGAGAAGAGAUUUACUAAAUGACAGCCUAAUGGAAGUGGAAUCAGGGAUCGAGGCUCUUGAAGACACUAUCGAUGGCUUCGGCGACAUUCACAAUGUAGAACCGCAAAUAUCGAGUGAGAAGGAUCCGCUACCACCGCCCUUCACACCGGCGAACUUUGGCUCGCCCCCAAGCAAAAAUGACAUGAAAACUCCAAAAACCAGCACCACUUCGAGUUACUUCUUCAACUUUUUUAUGUACUUCCUAACAUUCCUGAUAUUUGUUAGCUAUUUCUUGUUUCCUAAUUCGAAUAUUUGGAAUGGGUUCGUGCUCGGUCUAUGGUUCUUUUGUUUUAUGAGUAAUUUGAAGAGUUAUGUGCUAGACACGUACUUCAGUGACGCAGAACCAAGUUCGAAACUGUAUCGACUGAGGCGUAGUAGUGCAAUGCCGCCUUCUUACACGAUACCUUCGGUGAAGGAACAUACGCCUAUUAAGAAAUACGAGGGUUGGAUCAACCACUACAGGGUACCGGAUUACGAUCCGGGAACAUACCACAUCAACAAAACUACGACGGCAUUUAUGAAACUCGAGGGAUGUAAUCUAAGGAUAUCGUACACUUCCACUAAAAUACCAAAGAGGGCGCUUUGGGACGAGAAAUUAGAUAAGGUGGCGUUCUACCAACAUAGACUGUACAAUUUGACUGGAGCACGAGUGAUAUUGCUGCCAAAAGGAUUAGUUAAAAGGAGACAAUGGAGCAAGAAGUACCCAAUAUGUAUAAUACUAAGCGACAAGGAAAAGAUACAAGUAUUAGAAAAAGAAAGUUCUACGGCGGAGAAGAAGGCGACGGAAGCGACUCCUUCUGAGAAGAAGAAGGAACCACAACAGCCGCAACAUGAGAUGGAGACGGAGACUAGCACUAGCCCUGAGAAGAAACGCAAGUUUGUUUGGAGGAGACGAGACAAGAGUUCCAGUAUUUCACAUUCCGACGGCGAGACAGGAAAAGAGGGGCUCAGACAUAGGCUCGUUAGGAAAAUGCACAGAGACAAGAAGACAGACAGCGUCUCAACAGCAACAGAACCAGUGGAGACUCAAAACCAGAGUCAGGUGAGAAUAGAGAAGGCGCUGUACGUUGAGGACUCGUUCCAUAACCACGAGAUAGAGCUCUCGUCGCACUCCGUCACCAGCACUACGGACGACAAGGACGAAGAAAUCGAUGACAAUGACCUGUCCAAGAUCAAGGAGUUUUUGGAGGAGACUGAAAUGGAGGUAGGAGCGGACGGUACGAGUGAAGGCGAGUGGAGCGUGCACGUUAAGUCGUCCACGGACAAACACUCACAUCUGUUCCUGUUCGCGAGGACGGGACGGGAUAAACACGAAUGGUAUCGUCGUUUAGUGAUGGCCGUAAACGAAGCCAACGCGAACUCUACGGAGACGUCGGUGGCUGAAGAGAGGACGGGCAGCGAGUCCGCCGAGAGCAAGGACAACAUCGAGCUCGCUGUCUACAAACUCACUGAGAAGGAAACUGUUGCUUUCGCUAAAUCUUCUAGCAAAACUACAGACUCGUUUUCAGAAGGAGGCGGUGUGACGAUCACGUCCAUAGCGCAGCCAAUCUCCUUCGAAUCAGACUACGAUAAGACUUUCUGGCCGUAUCUCUUGAAAAUCAUUCAGAGUAAGAGUACGAUAGAGUGCACAUGCCGCCUGCUGCCGGCGGAGGUGACGUGGGUGAACACGAUACUGGCUCGGAUCAUGUACGACAUGAUGCGGGAUCCCAUCAUGAUCAGCAAGCUGCAGAACAGGAUACAGAGGAAACUGAAUACUCUCAAGCUGCCGUCGUUCAUGUCCCCGCUGGUGGUGACGGAGCUGUCCCUGUCGGGCGCGUGCCCCAUGGUGGAGCGCGUGCUGCCGCCGGCCUGCGACGCGCAGGGCGUGUGGCUCGACGCAGACCUGCGCUACGACGGCGGCGCCUUCAUCGCCAUACUCACGCAGAUCAACCUGCUCAAGCUUAAGGAGAAAAACAUAACGCUAGAGGAACAGUUGAUGGCAGCCAGCGACACCGGCUUGGAGAACGACCUUCAGAGCGAUCCCGCCGUCGGAUACUCGUCACAGGCGUUACGGAUAAUGAAGCCUGCGAUAUUUGACUCGGACGUGGAGGACUCUGCGGAGUCGAGCAGUGACGACGAGAGUCCGCCGGUGCAGCCUGUGGACAGCAAUGAGACCCUCAUAGCAUCCGAGAGCGGUUCGUUAAGUAAUACGACCGAGGGGACGUCGUCUAAGAAGAAGUUCCUGCGCAUGGUCGACAAGAUAGCUACGAACAAAUACUUCCAGCAGGUGACAGACUACAAGUACGUGAAGCGUGCGAUGGAAGGCCUGUCGAACACAGACAUCAAGCUACACCUGGAGGUGCACGCCUUGGAGGGGAGACUCGCCAUCAACCUGCCGCCGCCGCCGCAUGAUCGGCUGUGGAUCGGGUUCCGCUCCAACCCGCAGCUGCUAGUGAAGGCGCGGCCGGCCGUGGGCGCGCGCACGCUCCGCUUCGCGCACAUCACCAACUGGAUCGAACAGAAGCUCAGCAAGGAGUUCGAAAAAGUUCUCGUUCUACCAAACAUGGAAGACAUCGUCGUCGACGUCAUGACCCCCACGCCCGUGCAGUUCGAGUGAACAAGUACGUACAAAUAUAACUCUUAUGUUCCAUGUAUAAAGAUGAAUUUUGAACUGAUUUUUUAUUAGCGAAUCCACAGAUUUGCACGUUAUGGUGGUAUGUUAAGCUACUUGUACGAGUUUGGACUUUAUAGCGUUAAUGGUAAAGUUGAUACUCUAUUUGACAGUGUAGGGUAGCUUGGUGUGCACUGAAUGUAAUUAAAAAUUACGUUUAGUAAGAUUGUUUAAUUAUUGUAUUAUUAAUGUGUGUCUAACAGAUUCAAUGGAGGUUUAUUUUGAAAAGAAAUUGAAUCUUUUUGAAUAAUAUAUCUGAUUUCUCUCAUUCAGGGUAUAGGUAAAUUAAAUUCUUAUGCGUAUUAUUUGUUUAGACAGAAACUGUGUAACGAUUGUUAAUCUCUAACCGCCGUACUCAGAGUCAUUUAAUGGUUACUUAACCCAAUCCUUAAAAAUUUUCGGCAUAUAAUCGGUACUAAGGAAUAGUUUAAGUAAUUAUUAAAUCUCUCUGAGUACUACUGUAAACAAAGGCUACUUAGAGUUACUAACUUAGAGUAUUAUGUUCAUGCAAAAAUACAAAAAAUGUUAUUUACACCAUUUAAAUGCAAUAUGUAUACAUCGAUUUUACAAUUUUGUCUAACUGAAAAUUCGAUUGUCUUGUUACAAAAGUCCAAAAGGACAAAUAUAGUAAUUUUGUUUUUUUUUUCAAAUGUAAACACUGUAUUUUAAUGAAGUAUAAUUUUAGAAAUCAUUUAUCGAUGUUUCUGGUUAAGUUAUAAUUGGGUUUAGUAAUUAAAUGGUGUUCCUUUUAAUUAAAAGAGUCGCGAUUAUGAAUAAAUUAAUAUAAUAUAUAUAAAAUUUGCAAAAAUAUACAAAUCUUUAUUACAAUAUGAAUACUAAUUUAAAAAACAACUUUUCAAUAUUCGUGCUAAUAAAAAUCUUAUAAAAAAUAUCUUGCCUCUAUAAGUCUGUAAAAAAAACUACUGGAAGCAUGAAAAAAGUAAUUUUGACAUAGUCAAAUAAAAAUUCUAAAAAACACAUAAUAAUUGUUGUGUUAUGUCUUUCUACAUAAUAGUUUAACUUACACAUUUGACCAAGUUGCAAUAUAUGGGAAAAACAAAAUAAGAAGUAUAAAAAGUUAACUUAAUGACAUACCUACUAAAGGAGAUGGCUAAAUGACUGACCCAGGCAUAAUAACAAGAAUACGAAUUUCACGCUAACCCGUAUCAUUUAAAUAUUCACUUAUGAAUUAUUUUGUGUUUAACUAAUUCUUAUAACUUGGUGAACAAAAAUUAACAAAAAUAAGUUUCAUAAUUGAUUUUUUUCUGUUGUGGUUUGACAUGACAACACGGAAGUAAGUACUGCAAGCUAUUAUUAGGACAUUAGUUUCCCCGAAAAUCAAUUCGAAAUAAUUAAACGAACAUCAAUUUUUAAUAACGGUAAUAUAAUGACUUUUUUCUGAAACCAAAUAAUUGUAAAUGUUUUGAUCGACACAAAAUAUAUAUUUUGUAUAAGAUUGCACAAUCUUACUAUAUAUUUUGUGUCUGUCCUUGGUUACUUUGUGUUCAUUAUCUAGUAUAAGCAGAACUGUUUACCUAUCUACCUUAUAUAGAAAUAACUUUCGGCUUAGGUACCUCAAAACGCCUUGGAAAAGUUCAGAGCAAUGUUAUAUUUUGAAGUUUUUGUAACGUUGUUUGACGUAGGAGCGCUACUUUAUUUUCAGGAUUGCGCAGAUAUGCCAAGUUUCUGGACCUUCUUAACUACAAAAUAUCAAUCUUUAAUUAUGCGGCUUUAUUUAUUGCUAGGUACCAUAUUUAUUCAAUAUUUAUUUGUACGGGUUACGACGUCCAUACUUUGGUUUAGCCAUGUCCUUUAUUGGAAUAUAUUACUUAUUUUCGAGGCCUAUUCGAGAAAAGUUCUACUAGUUUCAAGUCACACCGGGACUCAUAUUCAUGAGCAGAAUGUGCGGUUAGUGAGAUAGCUAUAAAAAAUAAUUUCAUGUUCAUUCCCUUUGCAAUGUAGAAGAACAAUACAGCAUAAAGUCGAGCUAAAUGCAACAUAAUAACGUAAUAUUACAAAUCUAGUAAAUAUGUGUGCAAUGAUUAGUAUAACAAAAAAAAUAUAUGAAAAAAGAUUUAUUAUAAAAAACACUAUGAUUGUCUAGAUUAAGACUUAAAAAUUAACACUAAAAUUAGAAUUAGCAUUUAAAAAGAUAGAUCUAUUGUAAAACUUUCCUUUUCAAAUGUUGACAAAUUAAUAAUAAUAAUUAUCCCUUUGUACAAUACUUUAUACACGUUAAACGUUAAAAAUGUUAAUGAAACAAAAAAAACAUUGCCUAAACAUGGCGUCAUUUUAUGUGCUAAACAACUUGUAGGAAUUAAUUUAUUUCGCAAUAUAUUUUUAUUUUCAAUAACAUAAGUCUUUCCGCAUUUUUUUGUUGGUUUCCCAGGCUUUUGGCAAAUUCAUUAAGGUAAUUUAUGUUAAAUUCAUGUAUCUAGGCACUACAUUCGACCUUAAGUGUUACUAGUAUUACAUGCCAAGAAUUGUGUAUUUAAUUUAAGAAUAUUAAACAUUUAUGUAUAUUUUGUUUUUAAUGUUUAUGUCCAGCACCUCUGUAUUUAAUUGUAUUAUUUAUGCAUUAACUGUGAUGUAACGCUUAGUUAGAUCUAUUAAUAGACUUUUUAUUUUAUUCAUAUUCCAUAGAUAUUUUCGCACGAUGUUUACUGCUCUAUAUUAGUUCGUUUCAACAUUUCCUCUAUAGUUUUUGAGGAAGUAAUGAGUUUCUCACCAUGUAUCACCACUCGACCGAGCUUCCUCGCGUUACAAAAUAAAUAUUUUCGACAAUAAUUCCGUCUUAACCUGUUAUUUGUAGUUGCAAUAUCAAAUUUUUAUAAAAGAUAAAAUACAAGACUAUGAGAAAUUAUAAAGAGUUGUAUAACUAUGAGAAAUAAAAAUUAAUAUUUUGAAAAAUAUUGACCUAAGCGUUAUAAUUACGUAGAUGUUAGAUCGUUCAUAUUUUUCUAGUAGUCAACGACUUUCUAAAUGUUUUUUCUAUCCAAGUUUAUCUCGAAAGUAAUCGUUAUCUACAUCUCGGUGACAUUCUGUCAACAUUCUUUUCUGAAUUGGUCGCACAAUUAUUAAUUAUUUAAUUGGCUUGCACUUAGUAUAACGUUUACUUUAUGCGAAUAGUUAGUGUAUUAACUGAUAUAUUGCAUUUUCACUUUGAAAGUUAGUAGUUCCUGCGUAGGUAUUUGCCCUCUAAAAUUAAAUGAACUGAAAUAUUUUAGGUAUUAAUUUAUUUAACUUUCCAUAUUUUCUUGUUUUCGCAUUUUGGUGGGCAAUUACCUGAUAUUGUAAUUAUAUGAAUGUGUAGGUACUAUCUAGGGGCGCGCAAUACAUAUGGAGAUGGUUUGGAACUAUGAAGGCUGAUUGUACUUUGCUCAUUGUAAUGGCGAAUGACAGUGGCGGUGUUUGCGAAAUUGUACGAAUUUAAUGUUUGUGAACGAGCGAGUGGGUUUCGGAUCUGAUUACAGAAUAAAUGAAAUUAUUCAAAUAUAUAUCUCAUAUUACUCUGUAAUAUAAAUCCGUGACAUAUAGUACUGUUUAGCAUUAAUUCACUUUUGUAUUGCUACUAUUAUUGUAAAUGUAUUCACAUGAAAUGCCAAAACAGCCGUUGUAAUAUAAACUUGGUUUCUACUUAUUUUGCAUAAAUAAAUGUAAAAGUCUUAUGAAUGUUUGGAUCAAUAUUGCCUACAUCCACUGUUGGAUGAAUUCUAAAGUUAAUAUUAAUAUUGAUGUUUUCUUAAAGGGGCCAUCCAUAAAUCACGUCACAUAAGUUUUUUGAUUUUUAACCUGCUCCCCCGUCCUUGUCACAGUUGGUCACAUUUGUGAGACCUCCCCCUCCCUAGUGUGAUGUCACAUUUUAUAAUUUUAUAUCUAGAAUAUUUUGAUAUUUUCAAUAAUAGUUCCAAGUUCGUGUUUUAACAAUUAGAUUAUAAUAAUUGAAACGUGACGUCACGAAAUUUAAGACCCCUCCCGCCCCCUUGUCACAUAAAGUCACACUCGACUCCCUUACCCCCUUAAAGUGUGACGUAAUGAAUGGAUGGUCCCAAAUAGUGUAUGUUGUAAGUUUUUGUUUACUGUGCCACAAGUAGACACUCCCCGAAGCAAGUAGUUGACGGAGUUACAUUGUGAAGUAUUUGUAAUAUACAUAUCAGUUGACGUUUUGUAAACUACGUACCUGUCUUUCCGUUUUGUAUGGAGUUUCUAGCAAUUCGAUUCACAUGGAAAUAGUAUUCAGUAGUGGCGGCAAACGGGUUGUAGUUCAACAUCUUUCUUCAUUAUUUUGUUCAUCGGACUUGGAAAAUGUAACCGAUAUGACAACAAAUUAAUUAUAUUGUAAAAUAAUAUCUUAUACUGCGUCACGCAUAUUAACGAUCCGAUCCAUAUUUUAUUUUUUAUUUAUUUAAAUAAUUAUGUACCUAUAUUGUUUCGUUGUUAUUUUUUAUUUAAACUCGAAUGUAAAGGAAUAUUUUUGUUUUGUUUUUUUAUUAUUAUUUAAAGCUGCGAUCACGUAGUGGUUGGUAUGUUCACAAAGUGUACCAAAUACGGAUGAAUGUCUAUGUAUAUAGUCUAUCAAAUUAUAAAGUGUUUAUGUGAUAUUAUAUAUAGUUAAGAGUUAAACCGUGCCGAGUAGUUUUUCUAUGUGGUAUCAGUUGUGAUUUUUUCAAUAAACGAAUUGCUAUA